GCGUCUUUUAAUUCAACUUUAAUUGAAAGUUUUGUUUUCUUCUCACUUCUUUAAAGGAGUGCAGCCUUGUCACGACCUUCCUCCAGUGGGAAUAUUAGCUCAUUCUAUCCUCCUACUUUCAUCCACGCUGUAAUAAUGAUGACUUUGAGCCCCGUGUCGGACACUUUGGUCUCCUCUGAGUCUUCCAAAUCGGCGUUCAUGGAUUUCAGCGGCCACGGCUACCCGGGACACCAGCAUCCCUCCCCGGGAUUAGCGCACAGCCACUACACCUUCCACAGUCUGCACGCAGUGGGACCCACGCAACACGACGGCCCGUUCCAGUCUUCCGCAGGCCCCUACGGCCGCCCGCUGGGGUACCCGCCGUACCACAGCGCGCACCAGCCGGGGCCUUACCUGCCGUACCAGCCCGGCGGCCACAGCAGCGCCUUGGCACACAGCAGGUCUGAGGACUCCGAGCGCGAGAAGCCCACCACCGUGUUAGAAAACGAAGAGCUACGGCUGAACGGGAAGGGGAAGAAGGUCCGAAAGCCUCGCACUAUUUACUCCAGCAUGCAGCUCCAGACCCUCAACCAGCGCUUCCAGCAGACCCAGUACCUGGCUCUGCCCGAGAGGGCCGACUUGGCCGCCAAACUGGGCUUGACUCAGACGCAGGUCAAAAUCUGGUUCCAGAACAAGCGCUCCAAAUACAAGAAGAUCAUGAAGAACGGGCAUUGCGGACCUGACGGAGAGUCGCUUCCCCCCCCGCUGCAGUCUCCCUCGCCUCAGUGCUCGCCGUGGGACGCGAGCAUAGCGGCCAAAGGCGCGCCGGUGCACCCCGGUAGCUACAUGAACAGCUUUGGACACUGGUACCCGGGUCACCAGCCGGACACAAUGGCCAGGGCACAUAUGAUGUGACGCCCGCCAGUCUUUUUUGUUUCUUCCUGCAAGAACUCAUUGAGCUGACAGGGGAAUCAUUUACAACAUAAAACACUGGAAGCCCAAAAAUGAGCGCAGAGGGCAGCUAUGAGCAGCAUAAAUAGACAGAUGUGCGGAUCGGUACUGGACAUAAACACUCUGGGGAGUGGACUUGGUUUCUUCCAAUAGGCUACAAAUCAGCAGCACUGUGGCACCAUGAAUCAAUCACUAAUUAUUUUACAGUUGCACUCAAAUUUAUUCAAACGUCAUGUGACUUCUAUUUAUUUGCAAUGUUUGUCAACUUUAAAAGAUGGAUUUUCUCUGCUUUGAAUUUUAAGUUACAUUUUAUUUAUGGUAACUGAAACAGGUGAAGAAGAGUGCUGCAGCUAUGAAUCCAGGAGGGGGCGCCGUCUCACGAGUCAAUUCACGCAACAUUUUCCAGCAGGAAGAUGCUUUGACAAGAGGUUGUGUACUGCAACUGCACUUUCAGUGUGCUAGUAAUUGUUUAUCGAUGUGUAAAACUGGAUUUGAAAUGUGUUUAGCAACGUUGAGAGGCAUAUUACCGGGUUUAUAGCAGGGCUAUUCAACUGGCGGCCCCGGGGGCCAAAUCCAAGUUCAGUUAAAAACUUGGGAAAAAACUAUUUUGCAAUAAAUUCCUUAAAACACAAGAGUGUUCCUGUUGUCAAGAGGAACUUGGACCACUGUAAACACAUUGGCAGAUCCUUGCAUCGACUAUUUAACCUUGCUAGCAAACAUAGAACAAUGAACGUAACUGAGGCGUUCCCUAGGGCACUCCUCUAAGUCCUCUUCUUCCUUACAGUUACAAGAGUGACAUAUGUAACUAAGGUGUUGCUGUAGCUUGUUUACUUCUUUAUUAGUCACAAGCCAUUUGUUCAACUUAUUUAGUUAUGCUAGUGGUGUUCCUCAAGGCUUCAUCUUAGGUCAGGGGUGUCCAA